CACACACACACACACACACACACACACACACUCACUCAGUCACUCAGUCACUCACUCACACACUCACUCACUACCAAGUUCCACCGCACAUGAUCACACGUGUCAGUCUCUCGUGUACCAUCUCUUCACUCUCCGCCUCGAAAACACGUGACGCCGCCGUAUUGUUUGUUUACAGUUUGGUAACGAAAGCGACCCAGGGUCAGCAUGAGAUUGUUUGCGUUUGUGGUUGAAGUCUCGAAAACAACAUUUUUAUAUUACUAUUCACGUCAAGGAAACUGCACAUAUCCAGGAUGGUGCCAAAGCUUCAUAGGAAAGUUAAAAGGAGGCACUUGUGCUCAUCUUCCUCUAGUGUUGAAGAGGAUAGCCAAGAUGAGGAUCUGCUGGACGAACCAAGUACUGUUAGUUCCUUGCGUGGAGGCGAUCUAGCAACAAUGGAAUACCAGAUGAGGCUUCAGCACUUGUGGAAGUUACACCAGCUGAAGUUUCAGAAGUUUUACGAUAAACCGCAUACUCACUCUAAAUACUACAAGGAGUGGGGUCAGUUUGUGCGCGACAGGAGUGAGAGGAUCGUAGAACUUGGCGAGGACCCUCUCACCUAUGAUUUCGAAACGGAAUGGAAAGUAUAUUGGAAACAUCGCUUAAGUAAGCUGGAAGUGGAAGACUGGAAUGAAAAAAAGGAAAAAUAUCUAGGCCUUGUUAAGAAGGGACACAGUGGCUCUGACAGGAGACGGAGAUAUGAAUCAGGGUCAACAAGAACAUCAAGUUCUGUAUCCGGGACCAGGUCAACGUCAAGAACUUCAAGUUCAUCAAGUACAACAUCAUCAACAACAUCAAGUUCAAUAUCGACAGGAACAUCUAGCUCAAAUUCCAGAACCAAGUCCACAUCAUCUAGCUCAAGUACCAGCACUAGGUCAAGAUCUAGGUUCAACUUGAAAGAAAGAGCUAGAAGAUUGGGAGGGAGGUCACGCUCAAGUUCGAGAUCAAGGACAAAGAGAAAGGAAUUCAGAAAGGGACGCGAAAGUACAAAGAAUCAAAAGACUAGUAAAAGACAAUCUCGAAGGCACUCUUCUCCACCCUCCAAACAGAAAUGCAGUCCAGUAUCAGGAAAGUCAGGAGGGAGCUCUGGGGUGUCACCAGCGAAGAAGGAAUCGCCAGGGAAAUCAAGAGGUGAAGGGAAAUCUACCGCUGAGGAAAAGGGAAAGGAUUUGAAAAGUACUACAGAGACUACUGCAGCAGAAAAGGAAGAUAACCCUGACCAUAAAUUUAAACUAGAAGCACUACGGAAACAUCUUUUGAAAGAGUUAGAUAAGUUAGACGAUGAAUUUCAAAAUGCCAGUGGAAGUACAACACCAGAAAUGGGAAAAGAUGGAAUGGAAACUGACACUACAUUAUCAAUUUUAAGCCCUAAAAGUGGAGAGUACCCAGACACUGACAAGGAAACACAGUCAAGAAAAAGAAAAACAAACUCUGAAUUGGUUGAAACUGGUUUGAUCAGUGACAGAGAAUUGAAAAAGAAUACAUACAAUCUGGAAGAAAGAGAUAAAGACAGUCGUUCAGAUGAUGUACAGAGUAUAUAUGAAGUUGAGGAAAAAAAUAAGAAAAUGAACAUAGCUAUUGAACUGAAUUUUGAAAAGCCAAAACUGGAACUCAGUUUUGGGAAGAAGCCUCUUAAUCUUUCCUAUGCAAUAAAUAAACUGUCUACUAGCAGGAUGAAAAAUUUCAAAGAAAGGAACACAAAGCAAGUCAAAGAAGGUGAAAGCACCACCAGCAGUAUAAAUGCAGAAAGUCCAUUCUCAAGAGGAAAAGCUCUUCAAAAUAAAGGAACAGAUAUGAGACACCCCUCGGAAAAGAGAGAGAGGGAAGAAAAAAUGAUAAACACAUUAAAACUCCUUUGUAAUCUCAAAGAUCUUCAUCCGCAGUUGGCUGCUGAGGUCGUUGACGUAUAUGAUUUUGCCCUAAGACUGAGAAAAGAAGGCGAAAGUCCCACAAGAUGUCUUGAGGAAGGAAGGACCGUCAUUAUUCUGCGACGAGUGUGUACGGAAUUGCAUGCAAGCAUAGCCCUAGGAAAUUUGGGAGAUAUUCAGAAAAUAUUUCGGGGAGAAAUUGUGAAACUAGUGGAAGACACUCUUGAAAGUUAUCUUGUCACGUCAAACAGGUUUCUACAUGACUUGGAUAUCAAAGCCAUCGCCCAAUGCACUCUUGGUGGCUCAAAAUCUGAUAUUGUGAAGUUCAUUCGUGAUGCUCUUGUCUGCAGUGCAAUGCAUAUACCUACAGUGGAGAAUCUUGCAAGUAUCAUGGAUGCAGUAUUGAAAGAGCAGUCUGAAAUACACAGGAUUUAGUCAAAGGUUGGGAGAUUCUAAUCUCAUAAUUUUGCUGAAGUCGGAAAAUCUCUUCUUUCUAUCUUUCUGUAUGAUGUAAGGAAACACUGCUGUUUAUU